CCAAGCCGACUCCUCCAUUCUCUCUUUCGCUCUCUCUUUGUUCACCUGGUUCUUUUUUCUCCUCUCAGACCAGGUUGGUUACCCUCCCCUCGACUCUCUCUCUCUCUCUCUCUCUCCCAAAACAAUACAAAUACAAGCGCUAAACAGUGUAAAAUUCUCCACUUGAGAGGAGGAGUUGGGAGGGGUAAAUUCCGGAAAGGAGAAAAAUGAACGGUGGAGAUUUGACGAGUCAACAACAGCAGCAUCCGCAUCAGCAUCAGCAGCAGCAACAGCAGCAGCAGCAUCAUCAGCAGUGGAUGGCGAUGCAGCAGCAAUGGAUGUCCAUGCACAUGCAGUAUCCGGCUGCUGCUAUGGUGAUGCAGCAGCAAAUGAUGUAUGACCGGCAAUACGUGCCGGCGGCGGCUUACUAUCAUCACCAACUCUAUCAACAGCAGCACCAACUCUAUCAACAACAGCCGCAGCACAAGCAGCAGAGUCAGAUUCAAAAUUCCAGCGAGGAGAACCGCACGAUCUGGAUUGGCGAUCUCCAGCAGUGGAUGGAUGAAGCUUAUCUUCAGUCUUGUUUCUCUCAGGCCUCGGAGCUUAUUUCUGUCAAAGUCAUUCGUAAUAAGCAGACUGGUCAGUCAGAGCGAUAUGGAUUUGUGGAAUUUAGUUCUCAUGCAGCAGCUGACAAAGUCCUUCAGAGCUACAAUGGCUCACCAAUGCCAAAUACAGAACAAGUCUUCCACCUUAACUGGGCAGCCUUUAGCAUGGGUAAUAGGCGCCAAGAAGCUGGUGCUGUUGAUCUGUCAAUAUUUGUUGGAGAUUUGGCUGCUGAUGUUACUGAUUCGUUAUUGCAUGAAACUUUUGCCAGUAGAUUUCCAUCUGUAAAAGGUGCAAAAGUAGUAGUUGAUCCGAACACUGGCCGCUCAAAGGGUUAUGGCUUUGUUCGGUUUGCAGAUGAGAAAGAAAGAACUCAGGCAAUGACUGAAAUGAAUGGUGCAUAUUGUUCUAGUAGGCCAAUGAGGAUUGGUGUUGCUACCCCCAAGAAGGCGUCACCGCAGCAACAGUAUUCUUCCCAAGCGGUAGUAUUGGCUGGAGGAUAUCCAUCAAAUGGUGUUGUGCCACAAGGUUCGCAGUCUGACAGUGAUUCGUCAAAUACAACAAUUUUUGUGGGAGGACUUGAUUCUGAUGUAACUGAUGAAGAAUUGAGAGAGUCCUUCAGUCAGUUUGGUGAAGUAGUUUCAGUGAAAAUACCUUCAGGAAAAGGAUGCGGUUUUGUACAAUUCUCUAAUAGAAGCAAUGCUGAAGAUGCAAUGCAGAGACUGAAUGGAGCUGCUAUUGGCAAACAGAUGGUGCGUCUAUCUUGGGGUCGGAAUCCUGUAAACAAGCAGUUGAGAAUGGAUUCUAGCUACCAAUUGAACGGCAGUAAUUAUGGAAGGCAAGGUCAAAAUGGUUACGGGUAUCCCAUGCCGCAGUAUGCAGCUGCUGCAAAUGGUGCGGCUUCAAAUGGUCAUGGGGGCUACCAGCAGCCUGUCAACUGAACUUCGCUGUGUGCCAUGCCAAUAGUCAUAAAGACUUACAAUUUAGGGGGAAUUUGCUAUCUUAAAGAUUACAUCUGUAAUACGUUGAAUUUUGUAGCUGAUUUGAUUUUACUUUUUAUAGACAUCCCAGAUUUUGUCUAAGAAAAUCUGAUCAAGGAGGCUUAGGAGGCCGGCACGAUGGUUGCGUUGGCCAAAACCAGCUUUUAUUCUUUUACAGUAGAUGAGUGCUAGUAAACAAAUGAACUUUUAUUUAAUCUGAAAGAUAGAUCCAUGUGAGAUUUAUAAAUAACUAGCAGGCCAGUUCCUUUUAGCUUU